AUGUUUGAGAAUGCCGGAAGCGUCGCCCUUGUGACCUUGGCCUACUUGGACUCCUUCACCCAUCUUUUAGCUCCCAUCCCCGAGCGCGACCCGGUGAAAGCGAGAGCAACGUACAUCCUUGGUGCCCAGAAUCAAUUCGACCCACUCCCCAAACUCCCUUCCUGUCACAAGCGGAUUUACGGUUUCCACACGAGCCACAAGCCGCUUUCCCCGCCCUUCCAGGCACUUCACACUCCAGUUCCCUGGCAUGUCGGCGUAGCCUCGUUGCGCCUCUCUCAAAGUCGUCAAGAUAAGUUGAGCGGCUGGAUGAGUUGGAUGCGUGGAUGGUACCGGUGUUGUGCUACUGACGGCUCCGGGCUUCUCAGAGGCCAUGACGACGAACGAUACGCUGCGGCACUCGUUGCCGGUCUUUGUUGCUGGGCUGAUCAAAUGUCAGAUGAGCCUUGGGUGGAGAACUCAUCCGUUCACCAGUGCGGUGUGAUCGGUUUUGCACUCUCGCCAAGCACGCUCAACGAUAACAAGAAACCUCCGUCUCCCUUUAUUUUUCUUCGAUCGCCAUGGGUUCAGACAGCGCGAGUCGUUUCAUCUCCCGAACACGCAUAUACGCACCCAUUUGGGGUUCUAACACUUGGAGGUUUACUUUUUAGCGCCUCUUUUGACGCGCAGGCCAUUCAAGCGCGCCACGGAUCGCUCAAAUUGCCCUGGUGUUACCCAGAAAAAUCGGCACUCCGUUUAUCUGAUAGGUUGGCCCAUAUUCUCGAGCGUAAUCGCCAUUUAUUCGUUGAGAUAAAAUUCUCAAAUUUCGGACGUGGGGCAGGUUACAACGUCGGUCCCUGUAUUAGACAGCUAAGAUUGUAUGGAAAGGGCUCACUAGGAUGGCCUAGUAUGGCCUCGCGUGGGGUCGGGAUCUUGGACAGCCAUGCAAGAAACCGGUCCCAUGCAAGGUCUAUCACUGGGGAUGUAAGCCGAGGUUCCAACCUUGGCCAUGGAAGGGAGGCUAACCUUUCAUGGCCUAUUGGUGCCUCUCAUGGCCAUUUAUGGCCUUACGUGGAACCCGAACUUUUGCUGAUGGUGUCGUCCCAACUGUAUAACAAGAAAACCUAG